AUGUCAGAUCAUAUUUGUCCCUUUUGUAAACGACCCUUCCGCAAGCGACCAAAAGGCCAGUCCAAUCUCAAGAGGCACAUCCAAAGUUGCAAAAAAGCGCCUUCACCUCAAAAAGCGCCUCCACCUCAAAAAGCGCCUCCACCUCAAAAAGUGCCUCUACCUCUUCAUGACCACCAAACUCACCAUUUGGUUGUUUGUCUUCGCCCUGAGAGCUUCGAAUUCACGAUCGAUAAUGCGCCGCACCUAUGCAUACAGGUUGACCUCCUGGGAGAAGAGAUCUCGAAAUCAGCAUGGUUUCCGGGACCUGAAGCACUACGAUCGUUUCCAAAAUUUCAUGAGGAAAUAGGGAAUCAGGUAGUGCUCCAUCAAUCACUAGUUACGGCCUUGCAGCUAAAACAUCUGUCCAAGUCAGGCGAAUUCACGGUUGACAUUCGAGAGUGGAACUCAAACGUAUUUGACGAGUUCCCUGGCGACGAUUCGACAAAAGUCACCUUCCUCAUCCUUGACACGACUGACGGCGACCCAGAAAAGGCACCUGAGCCCUGGGUGCAAGCUUUGCAACUCAAAGACAGAAGAAAUGUCAAUCUCUACCCAAGCCAACGAGAAAUGGAGGCGGAGCAGGGGAAGGUGGAGCUGAUCAAAGUCUUGGACACCAUCGCAAAAACCGCUACAGAGUGGAAGUUCCAGUUCCGACCCAAGACUUGCUUCGGAACAGGCAUCUGUCCGAUGAUUAAGGAGCAGAUCACAGUAUACAAACGCUCCUGGAGCGCAACCUCAUCCCAUGUGCGCAUCCGAGACGAAAGACUGUCCUGUGUACCAUGCUUUCCACUUGUUGACAAGCCGAAAAGCUUUAUGACGACGAAACGGAAACGAGGGCAGGUGUCCAGUGAGGAGUACACCGUCAAUGUACCUUGGUUUCACCAGGAAUACAUAUCUUUGGCGGCUAAAGGGGAGUUCCGCGUAUUCCUUACGCCCAAAGACAGCUCGGGUGUGGUCUUCCACUGGGUUCAUACUGCUGUUAACCGCGACAACCCAAAAGUGAAAGAUAUCGUUCUUGUUACCAAACCAUCCGGAGACGACAGCGUAGAGUUCACGGGAAAUGGCACAACUGAGGAGCAGCUUAAAAGUUUUGCACUCUACUACUACGAGAAGUUGCGGAAGCUGCUACCGGGCAUGUCGUUUGACGAUGGCGUUCGCCUGGACAUUGGAGCCAGCGGGGAUGGGAGGCUUUGGGUUAUUGAAGUCACUCCAUGGUACUCGGCCCAUUACUUUUCAGAGACCAGCUUGCCUUGCCCAAACACACAAGUCUGCAAGGCAUUCGCCACAUCUUUGACACGUUCUUUGGCAUGUUCCAGAGUCACAGGCUUGUAA